UGCACAACAGAGUCACCCUUUUAUCCCUGUCCAGUCCUGUGGUUAUUUCAGGAAGGAACGUGACUCUUAAGUGUGUGUCAGAACAGGCAUAUAACAUGUUAAUUCUAAUGAAGGAAGAUGAGAAGUUCUCCAGGCCUUUGCCCUCACCGAAUAUACACCCUGAGCAAUUUGGAGCCCUGUUCACUGUGGGUCCUGUGACCCCCAACCAGAGGUGGAGGUUCACAUGCUAUGGGUAUGAUUUGAGCAUCCCUCAGGCAUGGUCAGUUCCCAGUAACCACCUAGAACUCCUGGUCUCAGGGAACCUUCAAAAACCAACCUUGUGGGCUGCACCAAGCUCUGUGAUUGCCUCUGGGAGUGAUGUGACCAUUUGGUGUGAGGGGACCAAGGAAUCCAGAAUAUAUUUCCUGUAUAAAGAAGGAAGCUCAGCACCCUGGGACAGUCAAACUCCCAAAGGUCCUGGUAACAAGGCCAUGUUCUUCAUAGCAUCCAUGGAAAAGCAGCAUGCAGGGCAAUAUCGCUGUUACUCUUACAAAUCUACCGGGGGGACAGAGCGCAGUGACCCCCUGGAGCUGGUGAUGACAGGUGAGAGGACACUAUGGGUCACAGUCCUCACCUUUUCCUGUGGGGGCUGUUGAAAGCUUUGCUGCUUGCAGGGAAAUGACGCACAUGAAGUAACA